AUGCAUUCAGAAAGAUUUGAUCCUAUAAGAGUUUCUUCACCAGCUCUGCUUAUUCCAAAGAUUAUUUUGCAGAAGAAUUGGAAAUUAAAGUCUGACUGGAACGAGGAACUACCAGAAGACAUUCAGAAAGAAUUCAGUAAAUGGGCUACAGAAAUACAUUUUUUGAAUGACUGCCGAAUCCCAAGAAGAAUCUUCAUUGAUUCAACAAGCUCUUUACACGUCUUCUGCGAUGCAUGUAAACUAGCUUAUGGUGCCUGUAUAUUUUUAAGAACGGAAGAACAUGAAGAAAUUUACUUGAGUCUCGUCCUAGCAAAAUCCCGACUUACCCCAUUGAAAGAGAUCCCUUUACCGCAGUCGGAAUUAAUGGCCGCACUUCUGGGUGUAAGAUUAUAUCAAUUGGCUAUUAAAAGCUUGAAUUGUAUAAACACGAAAACUUAUUUUUGGUUAGACACUUCAGUGGUUUUAGCAUGGCUAAAGAAGCGAAAUAAUUGGUCUGUUUUUGUAGAAAACCGAUUUAAAGAGAUUCAAGGUUACAGCAAAAGAAGGAUGUUGGAAACAUAUACCAGGGAUCUUAAACACUGCUGA